GUGUCAGGCGACACACCAACUGGACAUGGGUCAUGUACCGGUGCUAUUCAUGUUGCUCUGGAGCUCAGGAUUCCUCCCAGGUUUCCAGACAGAGGAACAAGAUAUUGAUGAUAUCCGGUUGUUUGGAGGAUCCAGCCGCUGUUCUGGUGUGCUACAGGUGAAGCGCCAGGGAGAGUGGAGAGAAGUGGAUGACCAAAACUGGGACCUGAAGUUAGCAGACGUAGUUUGCAGACAUCUGGACUGUGGCUCUGUGGUUCGAGCUUCAUCAAAAAUAGAUUCAGACCCUUUUAGCAGCAUCACACCUUCCUGUCUUGAGUCUGGACCUAGACUGAAGAAAUGUUUAACAAAAAGGUCCCGGAUUAGGGUUACCAGUUUGGAGAUCACCUGCUCAGACUCUGUCAGGCUGGUGAAUGGGACUAGUCUGUGUUCAGGCAGACUGGAGGUAAAGUCUAACCAGUCUACCCAGUCUAACCAGUCGUGGUCCUCAGUGUGUGAAGAUGACUUUGACCUGCCGGAUGCAGAGGUGGUCUGCAGGGAGCUUGGCUGUGGGGCUCCUUCAGUCCUCCAGGGGGCGCUCUAUGGAGACAUGGAGGCUCCAGUGUGGACCAAAGAGUUCCAGUGUAGAGGCCAUGAGUCUGCUCUGCUGGACUGUGACAGCUCAGAUAGAAACACCUGCUCUUCUGGCAAAGCUGUUGGACUCACCUGCUCAGAGCCUGAUGAUGUCAGGUUGUCAGGAGGAGGCAGUAGCUGUGCUGGUACGCCAGAGAUGAAACAACAGGGACAGUGGAGACCAGUGACUGACUGGGAUUCUGAAUGGGACCAGAAGUUAUCAUCUGCAGUGUGUAAACAGCUGGGUUGUGGUUCUGCUGUUUCCACAAACAUAAGCAACAGCUCUUCAGAAACAUCUGUGUGGGGGAUCAGUCAUUCUUGUGUUCAGUCUGAUUGGAUGGUACGGGAGUGUUUAUGGUUAACAAGUUUCUUGACAAGCUCCAAGAACCUGGAGGUGGUCUGCUCAGAUUUGCUGGCUCAGCCAAACAUCUCCUUCUCUACCCACAUUGACGGGGUUUCUGAGGCCACGCAGCAGGGAUUGCGAGUGCUCAUGGGCUCCGACUUCACCAUCAGCUGCUCCAUCCUGCCACAGUACCCAGGAGGCUCCUUCCAGCUCAUCUUCAACAACUCCGACCCAGAACAGAAGAACUACACCCUGCCAGCUGUCAAUCACUCGGCCCACUUCCUGUUCUCUGCUGCAGACUCCACCCACCGAGGGGAGUACCGCUGUGUUUAUCACCUCUAUGUUUUCUCCCAUAACUUCUCUUCUGAGAGCCGGCCGCUCCAUCUCACUCUCGCAGAUUUGCUGGCUCAGCCAAACAUCUCCUUCUCUACCCACAUUGACGGGGUUUCUGAGGCCACGCAGCAGGGAUUGCGAGUGCUCAUGAGCUCUGACUUCACCAUCAGCUGCUCCAUCCUGCCACAGUACCCAGGAGGCUCCUUCCAGCUCAUCUUCAACAACUCCGACCCAGAACAGAAGAACUACACCCUGCCAGCUGUCAAUCACUCGGCCCACUUCCUGUUUUCUGCUGCAGACUCCACCCACCGAGGGGAGUACCGCUGUGUUUAUCACCUCUAUGUUUUCUCCCAUAACUUCUCUUCUGAGAGCCGGCCGCUCCAUCUCACUCUCGCAGCCUCUGUAACACAUCUGGUCAUCAGACUGGUUGUCCUGGUGCUGCUGGUGCUCGUGUCCGGUGCUGCCCUGUUUUGCUAUUCCAAGGCCAGAAGAGGGCAGACACCAAGACGAGAGGACAACAUGGAGUUGGAUUACCUCGGUGGUGCUGACGACUUGCUGGGUGAAGAGGCAGGAGGAGCUCAGGGCACAGAGUAGGAUCUCACAGCCAGAUGGACAGCUCUGCUCUCAAACAGCCAAAUCAGAGCAGUUCAGGUGUGGGAUAAUAUCAGGCAUAGCUUUCCUAGAAAAGACCCAGACAGACAUACAUUGGCAAACUUUUAAACCAUUGCAAAGGGGGGAACAAUUAUAGAAUAUGAUUGUACAUUUAUGCUUUUAUUAUUAGAGAUUUUUUUCUGCAUAGAGAAAUAUUUGGCACCCCCCCAAAGAAGUUGUAGCCAGCGUCUAAAGGAAAAUCACCAGCGCUAAUACAUCUUUGACUUCCAGCUGUCAACUCCCCUCCCCUUUCUCUCUGAUAUAGAGGCAUCAACAUUACAUUUAAACAGUCUUAUAAGCAGUUGAAAGUUCCUUGUAGUCAAUCAACAUUUAUUUGUAUAGCUCUUUUACAGCAACCUACGGGUAUCCAAAGUGCUUUACAGAAAAGGACCAAGAAUAAAACAACAUAACAUACAAUAAAAAGAAUAAAACAUAGAAAUUGGGGUCAAGUGAACUCAGAUUUGUGUUUUCUGUCACAUAUAUAAAGACGUAUCCACCAUGUAUUGGGGCAUAAAAAUGUAUCAGAAUGCAGGAAACAAUGUGUCUGGCUCUCAGAAUUUCCUAGGAGAGGACCCAGAGACUUCCCCCCGCUUAAUGUGCCCCCCCCCCAAAAAAAAAAAGCCAGGAAAAACCCUGUACUAUUUUCUUAUUAAACUCCUGCACUGAUGUUUCACAAUAAAAGCCUCCCCGUGGCUCAUUAGACACAAUCCCUCCCUUUCCUGGUGGGUUUUAAGGUGGAAAGAGACACCAAAAAUUAUUGAUGUUGCUUUUGUAACUGAUUAUAAAGAUGAUGUGGGGAGGAAAAUGUGACAUUUUGUUGCAUCAUAUAAUCUGCAGAGCCAGUCAAAGAAAAGCUGUAGUAUGUUAGCCGUUAGCUUGCCUUAUUCAUGAUAAUCAAGUACUGUCACAUUAGACGACUGUAUAUGUUUAACUAUAUUCUUUUUUACAUGAUGAAAACAAGAUGUGAGGAGUGGUGAUGAAGUUAAGAAAGCUGAUUAUGUCAUUGUUAAUGUGUUGCUUGAAAUAAUUGUCGGACAUCAUUUUAGGUCUUCAAAGUUUUCACACAGACUGAUCUCAAUAAGUG